UAUAAAACGAUCAGUACGUUAGGGUUUCUGGAUCCGAAAAGCUUGCCUUCGCCGGUCUGUCACUCGCUCGAGAAGAGAGAAGGAUUAUGGCGUUGAAGGCGGCGGUGCCAUUUUGGAGGGCAGCGGAGAUGACUUACUGGAUUCACCUGGUGAGGAAAUAGGGGUAGUUUAUGAAAUUUGCUUCAUAACCUAAUCUGCUGUAUUUGUCUGGUUUUAUUUUUAAGCCAAUCCAAGUCAAUGAGCGUCUCCAAAUGCACAAAAUCUAUUUUAACUAACCAUAAUCGCUUCUCAGUUCCAAACCCACUUGAACAAUCUGAGAAACCCACUUUAAGGCACACCAUAGUCAGUCUAUUGAAGAGAUGUUCAAAGCCAAGAGAGCUGGAAUCUGUUUAUGCAACCAUGAUUAAAUCCAAUUCAGAUCAAGAUUGUUUCCUAAUUAACCAAUUUAUCUCUGCUUGUUCAACAUCAAACAACAUAGGUGAUGCAAUUUUAGCAUUUACCCACAUUGAAAGUCCCAAUGUUUUUGUCUAUAACGCGCUUAUUAGAGGCCUUGUUCACUGUUGGCGUACAAUUCAAGCUCUUCAGGUGUAUGUGCGCAUGUUGAGAGCUAAAGUACUGCCAACAAGUUAUACAUUUUCGUCAUUGGUUAAAGCUUGUAGCCUACUAACUGAUCUGGGUUUUGGAGAAGGUGGUCACUGCCAUAUUUUGAAAUAUGGUUAUGAGUCACAUGUUUUUGUGCAAACUGCUUUGAUUGAUUUUUAUUCCAAUAUGGGGAAGAUAGUUGAAGCGAAGAGAGUGUUUGAUAAAAUGCCUAAAAGAGAUGUUUUUGCAUGGACUACAAUGGUCUCUGCUCACAUUCGGCUAGGGGAUUUAAGUUCUGCGAGGAGGUUGUUUGAUGCAAUGCAUGAAAAAAAUAUUGCUACUUGGAAUGCUAUGAUUGAUGGAUAUUCCAGAGUGGGAAAUUUGGAGUCUGCAGAGUCGUUGUUUAGAGUGAUGUCGAAAAGGGAUCUGAUUUCUUGGACAACAAUGAUCAAUUGUUAUUCACAGAACAAACAGUUCAGAGAAGCAUUGGCUGUUUUCAAUGAGAUGCAGGCCAAUGGGAUUAGCCCUGAUGAAGUGACAAUGGCAACGGUUAUUUCUGCUUGCGCCCACCUUGGUGCACUUGACUUGGGCAAUGAAAUACACCUUUAUGUGAUGCAAAAUGGUUUUGAUCUUGAUGUUUAUAUUGGGUCUUCAUUGAUUGAUAUGUAUGCAAAGUGUGGGAAUCUAAAUAAGUCCCUUUUGGUCUUUUACAAACUACGAGAGAAGAAUCUCUUCUGUUGGAAUUCAGUGAUUGAUGGGCUUGCAGUUCAUGGGCAGGCAGAAGAAGCACUGGCAAUGUUUAAGAGGAUGGAAAGGGAGAAAGUCACGCCAAAUGGGGUUACUUUUAUUAGUGUCCUCAGUGCCUGCAAUCAUGCAGGUCUUGUUGAAGAGGGCCGUAAAAGGUUUCUUAGCAUGACUUCUGAUUAUUCUAUUCCUCCUCAAGUUGAACAUUAUGGAUGCAUGGUUGACCUCUUAGGAAAAGCUGGGUUAAUAGAAGAUGCUUUAGAAUUAAUUAGAACCAUGAAAUUUGAACCAAAUUCUGUUAUUUGGGGUGCCUUGUUAGGUGGGUGUAAGCUUCACCGGAAUUUGGAGAUUGCUCAGAUUGCUGUUAAUAAAUUGUUGGUUCUGGAGCCAAACAAUAGUGGGUAUUACACACUUUUGGUUAACAUGUAUGCUGAAGUUAAUCAAUGGGGUCAAGUUGGUAAGCUCAGGGCCACAAUGAAGGAACUAGGGAUAGAAAAAACAUGUCCUGGGUCAAGCUGGAUUGAAAUGGACAAGAAAGUUCACGAGUUCUCAGCAUCCGAUCAAUCCCAUCCAUCUUCCGACGAUAUUAACGUGUUGCUUGCCGGAUUAGACGGGCAAAUGAAGCUAGCUGAUGGUGUACUUGAACUUAGAUCUAUUUUGUAGCACUUUGGCCUCACUCUUGAGGGAGAGGAAACAAAAGAUGUAUGUUGACACAAUUGGAGUAAGCAUUAACUCCCGUCAUAUAUGCGAUUGUUGCUUAAAUGACAAAUCUUUGUAUCAGACAGCCCCAAUAGGAGAGUUUUUGCAGCUGAGCCUGGCCAUCCAAGAGGCGGUAACUUGGUUGAACAAUGGUGAGUUAAAACUUGUCUGUCAUUGCUUCUUUUCAAUUCUUGCUUGAUUAUGUGGAUCCAUAUAAAUUAUUUUCUCUCUGGUUUCUAGCAUAUGAACCUCCAUGUUCAUAAUUUCUUUCUGGUUUGUUGUACAUUAACACCGUAUGAAUCACAUUUCACUGGCAUCUUGACUCCAUAAUCCAUAUAGUAUAAUGGUAUUGGCAGGAAGUUUCUUUUUUUUUUGUGCAACUUCUAAAUAAAAGUAGUUUGAUCAACUUCUUUAAUCAUAUUGGUUGCACCAUUUGCGUGAAUUCCUGUUGCUUCACCUUGCAUGAAAAUUUUUCUAUGGAAAGUAGAGGUAAGUAUGAGCCUACUUGCCAAUCUCCUGUGCCAAUAUACUCAUGCAUGUAGCCAGUGGGUGUGUGCCUAAUUUUCUUGAUUUUUGGAGGGGGCGUAAUGGCUCACCGGUUCCGAAAUUUUCAGUGAUUGGGUCUAGGGUACGAUUGCCAUUCUUUUGCUUCUCAUAUCGGCAGACUGGUAACAUUGGUUUAUUGAACACGGCCUGGAUUAAGAGUCCUUGGAAACCAUAUGUAUUCAUUAGAUGAUUGCCAUUAGGCUCUUGCUUCUUCUAUCAUCAUUGGGCGCAUCUUUGUAGACCCAUUGGGCCAAUAAGGGUGCUUCUCUCCAAUCAACCACCGAUAUAUAGAGAAACUAUUGUUCAAUAAUACAUGACCUACUACAUGUCUAAAGAAAUCGGCAAUCCAAGCCUGGCUUAGUUUAAAGCUCGGUAAGCACUUCCUAGGAGCAAAUCAUUGUCCUCUAUGAAACAAUACUAAUUAGACAGUUCAAGGAGGAUGACUUGUCUUCACUCCUGGAGAAUUUGUCUCUCAUAGCUCGGAUUGGGAAUGAUCAAUCAGAAAGUACUCUAUAAUAAGCCAUUUGACUUUCAAUUCCUUUUAAGAUUUUUGAGUUAUUGUUGUAUUGCAGAGCAGCACUGACAGACAGAAUAUGGCAGACACAUGAUUGAACUGCAGAAUACAUGAUCUGCAGUCUGCACUACUAUCGGAGGCUCUGGGACUUGGCGCUAUCACCCAGCAACCUUGGCGCUUGGCUCACUCAAACAUACGGAUCCUGAUUUUAUGACUAUACUUUUGCAGGGCAAUGCUGGUGGUCUUCAAGUUCUCCAUCAAAAUAUGUAGGUUGAUGGUGUCUCCUGUUCAAGGAGCUCUAACAGUCAACAUGGGUGACUUGAUGCAGCUCAUCACUGAUGAUAAAUUCAGAAGUGUGGAACACAGAGUUCUUGUAGACAGACCAGCUUCAGAGUGUCGGUUACUUCUUCUAUCCUUAUUCAACACUCUUAACAAACCCUUUGGGCCUAUAAAGGAGCUUCUAUUUGACCAAGAACCGAUAUACAUUACCUACUUCUGGUCUAAUGGAGAACCUGGCAAUCCAUGGCUGCCACUUCUUAAAGUAGUAAGCGCUGGCGAGCCGGAUUGAGUGAUGGAGCCUAGUGAAACAUUCUCAGAACCUAAAAUUCGUAAACAACUUGCAGCUUAGAUGCAUGGCAAAGGAUCAAUAAAAUUGUUGUCGUCUAAAUUCUCAGAACCUAUAUGUACCUCUUAUAUUUUUGUCAUAUGGUCCAUCUUUUCUCUGUCUAAAUGAAUUAAGUUAUAGUAA